CGUCACAGUGUGAACAGCCAGGAGCUCGUGGACUGAUCGAUCCGCCGCUGCACGAGCAUGGACUGAAUUCCUGAGCGGGAAAAAGGGGGGAAACCAUGGCAACGGAUUUUAGGCUUAAACUGCCCGCGUGACGCACCAACAGAUCUCCGCUCAGUUCAGGUCUGCAGCUCCCUGGUGAAGCAUGUCUUCCUCCUCCUCCUCCUCGUCUUCGUCCUCCGAGCUGCCCUACUUUUGUCCUCGCUGUGGCGACGAGUUUCGUUUCUCCUCCGUACCUGAGCUCCGGGCUCACCUGGUCAGCCAGCACACCUACGAGACCCUGCUGGUGCUGUCACAGGCUCGGGUUAGAAGCUCCAGAUCCGGUGCUCUCCUUCCACUCCCCGGCCGAGCUGUAUCCCAAAGACAGAGCUCUUCUCUGGGCAUGCAAGCCCACAGCUUCCCCCUGCCGCUGGCCUGCCUGGAUCUCGCCUCAUCGGCGGCCUCCGUCCAGCUGCUCAGGGAAAUGUUCAGCCCUUCAGAUCGCGCUCUUCCCUCUACUGCAGGACAUCCAGAGGAGCCCUCCACCGCUCUGGCCCUCCCCGGCUCUCUGGAGCCUUUUCCUGGGCAGAAACUGGGCGAGGUGGGGGUCCAGCUUGGCCUGGAGUUGGGACUGUCUGUGGGGAUUGGACUGGAGGAGAGACUGGGGCUGGGGCUGGAUCAUAAAAUCGCCCGGACGUUUGCGGAGGUGGAGGAGAGGGUGAACCGCCGCAUGGGUCGACUAAAGGUGGAGCUACAGAGGAGGGAGGCGGAGCUAGAGAGGGAGAGGAGGGGCAGGGAUCGGCUGAGGAGUGAGAAACAGGAAGUGGAGGAGAGGGCGGCGUACCUGUCCAGACAGGUCUCUGCUGCCGUGGAGAUGAUGGAGCGAUUAAAGAAAGAUCUGGACGGAAAAGAGAAAGAGCUGAGUGAACGACAACAGGAGAUGGUGGACAUCGAGUGUUUUCUGAGGGAGACAGCAGAGAAGGAGGCCGAGGCCAAAUCCAGACUGCAGGUGUUCAUUGAGACGUUGUUGGAACGAGCCGACCGUGCAGAGAGACAGUUGUUGCUGUUCAGCUCACACACACACCACAACCACUACACACACCAUGACAACGCAUACAUAGACCCGUACACACUCAGCGAGGGAUACACACCUGUGGCUGGGCGAGGGGGGCGCAGUCUGGAUGGCAGCACUGAUGACAUCAUCACAAACAAGAUGCAGGGAACCAUCGGCAACCGGAGGAGUUACAGUGUGUCAGGCUCCUACAGACUGGGAGAGCAGCUGUACAGCCAGCAUCACUACAGUGGUCUGUCCAGUCGUAUGCGGACCUUGUCUCUGGGUUCAGGGGGGUGGGACGGGGAGGCGGGGUUGGUCCACCUCCACCCUCAACACUACGCCGCACCCUGGACUCGACGAGAGCGAGGAGGAGGAGACAGGAGGAGGGAGAGACUGUGGCUGGAGGAGGGAGGAUGUGGGAGAACGUGGAGCAAAAGAAACCGCCGCCACCACAGCACUGAAGAAGAGGAGGAGGAAGAUGACGAGGAGGAGGAGGAAGAAGAGGAGGAGGGGGGGUUCUGGAGCAGCGCUGAGAUGAGGAGACUCGUCUUCGCCAGGACACACACACCUGGUUCAGACGCCCCCUCCUCCCUGCGCUCCACCCCCUCCCGUCGUCACGGUGACAGACAGCUGGAGGCGGACACCCUGAGGCUGAGGGCGGGGCUUUUCUGCGUGUUUCCGUAUUUGGACGUGCGCUCCUUGCUGCGCGCCGCCGAGGUCUGCUCUGAUUGGCGGUUUGUUGCCCGGCACCCGGCGGUUUGGACACGCCUCCGUCUGGAGAACGCCAGAGUGUCAGCCGAGUUCCUGAUCACUUUGUCUCAGUGGUGUACUCAAACUCAGUCUGUGGUUCUGAACAACCUGAAGCCUCGAAGCAGACGAGCCGACGAGACGCGAGAGGAUUACCAUAAACACACACGGGGCAGUGUGGAGGCGGGGGUGGAGGCUCUGCUGAGGUCAGCAGGGGGCAGUCUGCUCCACCUGUCUGUCUCUCAGUGUCCUCACAUCCUCACUGACAGGACGCUGUGGCUCGCCAGCUGCUACAGCAGGAACCUGCAGACACUCAUGUACAGGAGUUCAUCAGACCCUCUUGGUCACGAGGUUCUCUGGGCCCUGGGUGCGGGCUGCAGGAACAUCAGCAGCCUGCAGGUGGCUCCAGCUCACCCCUGUCAACAGCCCACUCGUUUUGGAAACCGCUGCCUGCAGACGAUUGGCCGAUGCUGGCCAUACCUCCGCUCGCUCAGUGUGGGCGGGGCCGGCUGUGGGACUCAGGGAUUGGCUGCUUUGGUGUGCGCCUGUGCUCACCUGCAGGUGUUGGAGCUGGAGCGUAUUACCGACCUCGGCCUGCAGGCAGCGACAGAGCUGUGUAAAGCAGGACUGAAGAGCCUUGAGACUCUGAUCCUGACACACACACCCGUCAGCGGUCAGGCCAUCCUGCACUUCCACAGCGUGUGUGAGAACAUCAGAUCGAUCAGCGUCCAGGUCUCUGUGUCGGAUUACUUCGAGGAGCCGGACACUCAGGAAGCUCAACAUCUGUUCGGAGAAAUUCUCAACACGCUAAGGGUUCUUCAGAAGCGUCCCGGCCUGUGCGACGUCUUGCAGGUUAAAGCCGAAGGAUUCUCCUGACGUCAUCACACACACACACACCUGUCCUCACCAAGAUCGACGUCCAACCACACACCUGAAGGAAAUAACUUUCUUACAAAGUCUUUCCCUGAUCGUCCAAACUGACGCUCAGUCACUGAGGAGUUUAUUAAAACAUGAUCUACUUCCUGUGAACAUGUCAGACAGGUUUAAGUUAAGAUUUAUACUCUGACACGGUGUCGUCGUCUUCUUCUGCUCUGGAGUCAGGACCAGCCAAACAUUAAGCCUUUCAUUUUAUUGUUUCACUUAAAUGUGUCACGAGUCACGACUUAAUUUUCUACCACUGUUAAGUCUUUUUUUGCACUGUAGAAAGAAAACCCCUUAUCUUCCACUGUUAAAACCCUUAAUCUCCCUGAACACAACCUUUGUUUUUACUCUAUUUUUGUCAAAACCUGAACCUCAGCAGAACCUUUAUUCUUUCCUAACUCAUCCAGUUUAACCUUAAACUCCCCCCCCACAUCUUUACGCCCCCUUAACUCACCCUAUUCCCCCAAAAUAAUCCCUUAUCUCUAGCUUUACUUUACUCGGCUGCCCUUCAGCUGUUAACAUGAAGGUCCAGUCAACAAUAUUAGCAAUGAGGAUGAUCAAUAAAUCCUUAUGAAACCUCGAAAGCCAUAAUUCUUUACUGACGUAGUAGAAAACCUUUAAUUUUACCUUAAGAUUUAAUUUAACCCUUAAUUAGCUUCACACUGAAAAUAAGCACAAGCACACGUAUGCACAGAUAUAUUUGCACAUUGACUCAUACACCAAAGACAUCAGUCAAUCCAUCGACCAAUCAGAGGCAUCGACCAAUCAGAGGCAUCGAUCAAUCAGAUGUGUUUGAAAACUGAACCCAUCAUGUGUCUUUAAACGUCUCGUUCCAACUCAAAGGUGCUACAUGUGUCGUUUACCAUCAAUAAAACUUUCUGUCGCCA